UUUGAAAUCAAUUGUCAAAUAAAUUAGUGGUUGUGAAUUCUAUAUAUCACUUUGAACAGUUCUUCUACUGGUUUAAUCAAAUUCCUCAAAAAAAAAGUCUGAAUGAGUCGAUGAAAGGAGUCAACAAAUCAUUUCUGCAGAUUAUUUCAUAAAAAAUGGUCACACCACCAAUACCAUUAUCAGCUGUUGAAGAUUUGUUAAGUCAAUUCCAUAAUCCAUCAACUAAUAAUGCCCGCAAACGUGAAAUUGAAACCGCUUUGAUUGAAUUCCAAAAUAACCAGAACACAUGGUCGUCAUCACUUUACAAUUUAUCAAAUACAUCUAACCAAUAUCUGUGGUUUUUCAAUGUAUCAACGGUUGAGCUGAUUAUCGUAAAAAAAUGGGGUAGCCUCAGUGCAACGGAACGGCGUGAGAUCCAGAAAACGCUAUGGAAUUAUUACGGAAGCCUGGCACACAAUGUUCCGAAAAUGCAACGUGAAAAAAUAGCUCAUCUCAUUGCGUUAAUAGGAAAACGGGAAUUUCCUGAUGACGAUCCCGCAUACAUCACACACAUCCUUAAUUUGAUGUACACCAAUUUUAACUUAGGUAUUUCAUUGCUUCGGACUACAUCCGAAGAGCUAGUUAAUACUAGAGAAGACAUCUCUUCGGACCGCAAAAAUAACUUUCAUUCCGCGUUCUUACUACGUUUAAAUGACAUAUUUGACAUAAUCCAUAAAAUUAUGGUUCACUGUACGUCGCGAAUAAACACUUUCGACAUCAGUGCAACAUCAGAACAGGUGUUUUAUCGUCAGUUUACUGAAGCUUUUCCAAUUGAAGUACAACCGUUUUUAUCGUCGUUAAACGAACUUUUACAAUGCAUACAACAUUUAUUAUCAUGGGUACCAUUAGACGAUGUUGUGACAGACAAUCUGAUGCUACAAUUGUUUGAUUUGGCAACGUAUCGAGAGGACUGUUGCGAAAUAUCAGCAGCCGCUUUGAUAACAAUAAGUGAACUAUUUUACCGUCAAAUCAGUUUACCGUGUGCCGCAAUCAUUGCCAAAGGAAUUAAAAAUUUGCUAGACUAUCCAGACUUAAGGAAAACAAAUGAAUUGUAUCAAGACAAAUUGACUGAAUUAUUAAAACUUUUUACAACGCAACAUUGGAACCAAUGGAUGAGCAAUCACGAUGAUUUGCAUGAGAUCAUAACCGCUUUGUAUCAUUAUACAUUUACGGGCUACGGAGCGUUAGCAUUCACUGAGCGCUUAUCAAUUUGGUGUCCUAUUAUUCGUGGCCUUGCUACAUCAGGUUUUGGUCGUUACGUUGACAUUGUACAAUUACUGGUCUUAGGAAUUUUACGAAAAAUGCAAUUUAGAUUUGAUCAAGAUGCUGAAUUGGAUGUGCUGGACAAUGAGUCUUUGGACGACGACAUGGAAACGGAAUGGCAACAUUAUUUGCGCCAAUGUAUUGACACAAUUGUUUCAAUAGCUGAGGGGCGACCGUUUCAAGUUUUCGAACAAGUGUACAGCGACUGGCUUCGACCAUUUGAACAAUUCAUGACACUGGAAAAAUCGCAUGAUGGUCACCGAUUGACGGUCGACGACUACAACAAAUGCCAUCUCAUACACUGUGUUACGCGUGAUUUGACUUCAUUGUGCCAAACGCUGUGCAGUCUUAUACCGGUUCUUCAGGCCGACAAAACAGUCAAUUGCCCCGAAUCAUAUGUACGGAACUUAGGACCAGAUCUGCUGCCAUCGAACCUUCACAAGAUGGCUCUGAACUUAGUUAAAGCUGUUGCAUUUUUAUCACGUAGCAAACUCUACAAUUUAGAAGUGUCAUUACCACAGUUGAGCGGCGAUUUUGCCGAAAUUUAUGCUCAAAUGCUGUCGGCGCUUCGUUGUUUUCUGGGAUGGUCAGCAGUACGUACUGAGACUGAAUUGCGACCUCUAAUCGAAAAUGUCGCAUUUACUUUAUUGCCACCGUCCAAUCGAGCCCAAGAACCGAAAAUCGUAACUUUGGCUGCUGCUCAACUACUUUUAAGUAUCACAUCAACACUGAAGCCUCGCUAUGCAUUGGAGUGUGUUUCGUUGACCCAACUCAUUCAAUGCGGUUCAAAUUUAGCUCAUUUGGAUGGUCGUGCUGUCACCUAUACUCUUCAAUCCAUUGUUAAUUGUUUUAUAUUACCUUGGUGUAACGUUUCUAAUGCUGAUCAGGAUUUCGAACGUCGUGGUUUAUUACUGGACGAAUACAUUGGUUGUUUGGCUAAGGAUUUGAUACGUUUGGAUCAUACAUUAGUCAACGGACAACUUGAUAAGAUUAUCAAAAUCACAACAUCUGUGUUGCCAUAUCUGAGAGACAUAUUAGAUCAUUUUAAGGAACAGAGUACGUCAGUGAAGUCAAUGUUGCUGACUGCAUACAAGCCGAUUAUCUUCAAAGCGGUAACAUUGUACAAUGUUUUCGGCACGAACAGCACUGAAGUCGCAACAUGUGUACUCAAUUUUUCGUUGAGUGUCAUUCGAACGUUACAAGUACAACUGGGCUCAAACUAUGUUAAGGAAAUGCUUGGCAUUUUCUUAGAAGCAUCAACAAGGGAACAAUUAACAGUUGGACGAUUAAAAGCCAUAGACAUAUUACUACAAAUGUUGUUGCUGGUGGUUGAGCAACCCGGUCAAACGACACUUAGCUUAUUACCAGUAAUUUUGAACUUAUCACUAAAUUAUGUUACGCCAAUGUUGGCGCAGGAACGCAACAGUUCUGAUUUCUGUGAUGUGGCCAUUUCACUGUAUGCACUGUUCGAUGGUAUUUUACACUAUCGCUGGCAAUACUUUUACAAAUCUCAAGUACUGAAAGGAUUUUCGCCGAACGCCUCUGACGACUACCUAGCGACAGCUGAUGAUGAUGCUCCCCAACAUCCCGAAGAGUUUCUAGCUAUUUUAACAGCAUACGGUCAAGCAAUUGUUACUGGAAAUGAUCCGCAACUGACCAGAAAUGUUCUGCAUUCGCUUCAGAGCCUAAACGAACGGUUCAGACUGUAUUCACGUAAUUUCUUCCGAACGAAUCUGUUGAAAUCAUUCCAGUGUGCCCUGAUUAAGUCAUUGAUAUCGCCGGAAGGAUCAUUGCAUUAUGAUUAUAUAUUGAGCGUGCUAUUUCCAAUGGGACAGGUGUCGGAUGCAUAUUUUCAUGAAAGUUUCGUUAGUCUCGGAUAUUCGACGAAUUCCACGAUGGUCUAUGAAAUUUGUGUGGCCAAGGAUUUGCCGACAUUUUCGCAGAAAAUGUCUCAAUUGAUACAAGACACCCGUUGCAGUCAAUUGGCGUUGUCACAAUAGAAUGGUAUUUAGAAUGAAUGGAUUGGACACGACAUUAUUAUUUAAUUAUUUCAACAACUCUUAUAAUUGUGUUUUUCGAAUUUAAUUUUUCGAUUUUUUUGUAAUCGUUCACCGUGAUAAAUAAUAAGAUUUCCUGGUAGGAAACUCUUCCAGUUUUCAUAAAAAAAA